CGACCUCGACUCCGCCCUCGGCGUACUCCCUGCACUCCCUACCCCCUCUCUCGACGCGCAGGUGUCGCCUUCUGUCGCAAGAUGGCCAUGCAAGCAUCAAGACUUCUCGGCCGAAGCCUGGUCAGAUCUCGACCAGCCGUGCUUCCGCGCUCCUCGUUCUCCAGGAGAUUGCUGUCCACGGGGACUGAAGGCGCAUCUGCGCCGCCGCCGCCGCCGCCCAAAGCGUCACUGUGGAAGCGCUUCCUGCAGGUCACCGGGAGCAUCACUCUGGUGACUCUCGCCACCGGCACGGCAUUUUACUAUGUCGCGCAGAAGGAUCGCACUCCUGGUGUUCAGCUGCCUCACGACCCAACCAAGAAGACCCUCGUCAUCCUGGGAAGUGGUUGGGGCGCCACGAGUCUGCUCAACUCGCUGGAGACGGCUGAUUACAAUGUGAUUGUCAUUAGCCCGAAGAACUACUUCUUGUUCACGCCGCUUUUGCCCAGCGUGGCGGUGGGUACGCUCAGCCCUCGCUCAAUCCUGCAGCCCACGCGUUAUGUCACGCGUCAUAAAAAGCGUCAAGUCACUGUGAUUGAAGCGUCCGCGACGGAUGUCGAUCCUGCCACCAAGACGGUGACGUUCGCUGAUACCUCCGAGAUUCAGGGACUGGUCUCUACUACAACGAUACCCUACGAUUACCUGGUCUUUGCCGUCGGUGCUGAAGUGCAGACUUUCAACAUCCCCGGUGUAAGAGAAAACGCUUGCUUCAUGAAGGAGCUCGAGGACGCGGAGAAGAUGCAGCGUCGCUUCUUGGAUUGCCUUGAAUCUGCCGCAUUCCCUGGCCAGAGCACCGAAGAGAUUAAGAGGCUGCUUCACAUGGUUGUCGUCGGUGGCGGCCCUACCGGUGUUGAGCUGAGCGGUGAACUCCACGAUUUCCUCGAGGAGGACCUUCGCUCAUGGUACCCCGAGCUGGCGGAGAACGUUCGCAUCUCCCUCGUGGAAGCGCUGCCCUCCGUGCUGCCGAUGUUCAGCAAGCAGCUCAUCGACUACACCGAGUCCACCUUCAAGGAGGCCAAGAUUGAUAUCUUGACGAAGACGAUGGUCAAGGAAAUCAAGGACAAGAGUGUUGUCCUCCAGAUGCCUGACAAGACCGUUGUUGAGGUGCCCUGCGGCCUUGUUGUCUGGGCUGCGGGCAACACCCUUCGCAAGGUCACCCGGGACCUGAUGUCGAAGUUCCCCGACGUUCAGACGAACAGGCGCGGUAUCACUGUCGACGAGUGCCUCCGCAUGGAGGGCUCUAACGGCAGCAUCUUCGCGAUUGGUGACUGCUCCGCUACUUCGUACGCGCCGACUGCGCAGGUUGCCUCCCAGGAAGGUGCCUACCUUGCCCGUGUUCUCUCGCAGAUCGCGAAGAAGGAUGAGCUCGAUGCGCGCCUGAAGGCGCUACAAAGCGCAUCGGAGCCCGAGGCCAAGGAGGAGCAGGAGCAAGUCCAGAAGCGCCUCGCGAAGCUCGAGAAGCUCCGCCCCUUCAAGUACUCGCACCAGGGCUCCCUUGCGUACAUUGGAUCGGACAAGGCUAUCGCGGACCUUCCGUUCUUCAACGGAAACUUCGCAUCCGGUGGUAUCGCAACUUACCUUUUCUGGCGUAGCGUGUACCUCAGCACGCUCUUCUCGGUCCGUAACCGCACGCUCGUCGCCACGGACUGGCUGUACGUCAAGCUCUUCGGACGCGACGUGAGCCGUGAAUAAGCUAUCUAUUCUGCUCUGCUCGGACCUGGCCAUAGACUAUAUACGACUCGACUAGUUGAAUAGAUGUUAGAGGUAUUCAUAGCGUCCCAUAACCCUUACACCCAACCUAUCGUAUGCUAUUCGC